ACCACAGAUUUAAAUGAACAUUCAGCACCUUUAGGUUUCAACCUUUUGAUUUAAGUCUAAUUCUUCUUUUGCAUUUCAUUUGUUAUUUGUUGAACCUUUAAACCCCGGGUCGUGUUUUCCCCCUGGAGGCGGCAGGAAGUGAGGCGUUCCUGCUCUGCUGCGCUCACUCCUCCACUUCCUGCUUCUCAGGCUGCAUGAACGACGUCUACAGAACUUCAGAGGUCGCAGGCUUCACUCAAACCGGUGAGAACAGACGGUGAGAACAGACGGGGAAAUGUCUACGAUCAGCUUCAGAACAUGUUAUCCCUCUUACGACUUCGACGAGCUCCAAGCAAGUGUGAGGUCUUUCGUGAAUCUCUACGAUCAACAUGAAGAUCGUCUCCAGGGGGCGUUGGAGAGCUACACACAGUUGGCCGCUCGAGUGCGUGAAGCGCCGGAGGUCGCGCCGGCAAACAGAGCGGUCCGCGGCCUGCUCGGCGGCGCUCUCGGGGCCGUGUCCGGUGCCAUCGCUGGUGGAGUCGGGGGGGUUCUGGGGUCAGUUGCUGCCACAACUUACCAGAAACUUUGUGGAGAAAUCGGCGCGGUCGACGCGACUGUCGGCUUCGCUGGCAGCGUGGUCGGGGGGGUAGCUGGGGGAGUGUUUACUGGAAGCGUCGGCGGUGCUGUCGGCGCCACAACUUCAAGUUCAUCUCAUGGUGCAGUGAGCGAUGCAUUAUGGGUCACCAUCGGUGUUGCCACCGGUGGUGCGAUCGCUGGUAUUUUUGGCGGGACAGUCGGUGCAGCAGGGGGCGCUGUGGGCGGCGGGUUCGGUGCGUUGCUGGGGACGAGAUUUGCCGUUUAUGUGGUUGGAGGCGAGAGAGAAAAGAAAGAGACGAGGCAGGAAGUGAACGUGAGGCGAAAAGCUAAAAUCGACUUCACUGAAACCAUCAAACCUCUGCUGGUGGAGCUGAGCUCAAUAAAAACCAUCAGUGAGAAGUUAGAUCUCAUUCCUGUAGUUCAUCUCUUCACACGACAAACUGAGAAGACUCUGGCUGCUGCGGCCGCGAUGGAGGAAACUUUGGCUGAUCCUCAAAGAGACGAAGAUCUGACUCAGUUUGAAGAAGCAGCGAAACGAAGCCGACGAGUCUGUGAAGAGCUGAAGACCACGAGGACGAAGGCUGGGAAACUUUGGAAUGACCUGACGUGCGAACUUUCUUAACUUGCUGCCUUCAAAUUGAGCUUGUGAGCUUGGUGAUAAAGAAAUAAGUAAUUUGUUUGACAUAUAACUGUAAAAAAUAACUAUAUAUGAGAUAUGUUACUACAUUAAAAAAAUCGAAUAAAUGUAAAUGUUUAAAAUAAAAUUACCCUGAUAAAAAUGU